GAUGGCGGAGGGCGGAGGCGCUGAGGGCGCCAAGAUGGCGGCGCUGCGAGACGGGGAUUUCGGGGCGCUGCAGAUCCUGCUGAAGGCGCCGUCCAAGGACGCCGUGCGGCAGCUGUGUCAGGAGAGCUUCUCCAGCCCGCCCGCCGCGCUCGGCCCGCUGGCGCAGCGCUCCUGCUCCGGGCUCGCCGUCAGCGCCGAGGAAGCGGAGCAGCUGGUGUCUGCUUUGCACAACCUCACCAGGCACGUUGUGUACCGCGGCUUGACCAGGGCAGAAGACAUCCUCCGUCUCUUCCCAGAAAACUUCCACCAAAAUCUGAAAAACCUUUUGACUAAGAUAAUCUUGGAGAAUAUCUCUGCUUGGAGGAAUGAAGCACAAGCAAGUCAGAUCUCCCUGCCUCGGCUGGUGGACAUGGACUGGAGGGUGGACAUCAAGACAUCUUCAGACAGCAUCGUAAGAAUGGCAGUGCCUACCUGCCUGCUUCAGUUAAAGAUACAGGAAGAUGCUGCCCUAUGUGGAAAUAAUCCUGUUGUUUCUGCACUGACUGUGGAACUGAGCAAAGAAACCCUGGAGACUAUGUUAGAAGGUCUGGGAAGGAUUCGGGACCAACUUUCUGCUGUUGCAAACAAAUGAAUGCUCAAGGGCAUGGAUUCCCGCAGCAAGGAAGGGAAGUAUUCUCUGCAUACAGCUGUCAGAAGUUGCAGCCUAGUGUAACAUGUUGCCUGUUUCAACAAAACAAAACGAUGGUGGUUUCUUUCUUGCAUUAAUGGGAUAGCUUUUGAAAAGCUAACACUCAAAUAUUCAUUUGGUUGGAUGCCAAAAAGYGCUUUCCUAUUAUGUUGUUGAACAAAAGCUGGUCACCGUUUCAGAAGAGGAUUUGAGGGCUCAGAGCCUGGCUUAAUCACAAGGGUCAUAACAGGAAACAGCAAAUAGCUGCAGCCAAUGAAGCAAGUUCUAUCUCUGUCCUGAAAUGAAAAUCUGAAAGACUCAAGCUGGGUAAUGGGCUGCCUUCCAGCAUUAGAAAAGGAGGGUGCUUCUCUCUGGAAAGUGCAUGUACUGAGGUGCCUGSUGGAUGUAGCACUCUCUCCCUCUCAAUGAAGCACAGCCAUGCUGCAGAUUGUUAUUACAGGAUAAUGCUUUGAAACAGGGCAAUUAUGCUACAAUACAUUCCCUUCUGAUCAGCUUCACAGCACCGUUUGCAAAAUGACUAUUCUGAACAUCUUCAGCAGAAACUAAUUUCCUCCUUCUGUUUGAAAAGAAAUAAAAGGAGUUCAGAUAAUUCAUUUUUGGGGUUUAUGGGUCUCUGGGCUUUGCCUUUGCCACACAAAAAUSAGACUGGGAGAACAAAGAAUUGAAGGCUGUUGUCUGUGCUGUAGGAAACCCCUCUGUGGCAAUACGUGCCUGUACUUCUCUAAAGUGUUCUCUUGGUCGUGUAAAUCUUCAUUUAAUUAAAGAAUGAACUGCUAAUUGAUUUUGUGAAUCCUUUUCAGUCUGGAAGAGAUGUUGUCCUGGGUUACCUCAGCCUCUUUGUGAUGGUGCCAAGAUUCUAGGCUGCUUUAAUGGAUGUUCAUGUUUGUUGCUGAAGAAGGAUCUUUUGUUUCCUGUUUGAAUUGAUUCAUGUUUUAAACUUCCUUCUCUUCAUUAUAGUCCAGUUUCACAGGGUACUUUUUUCCAUGGGCACUACCUCUGUACAACAUUAGAGGUGAUGACCUUGACCCAGAAGUUUAUAAAUACAUGUGCAUUGAGAGUGUAGAGGAGCUAAAUGCUGAAAAUAAAAAAAAAUCAGUUUUUUUCUGAUGAGCUUCUAUAGAAGUCUGUAUSCAAAUGCUUUGUUCAUGGCAAAGUCCCAUCUUUCCUACAACACUGGGCUCUCCUUCAAGACACAAAAUGGKUUUUUUUUGUGUUUAGAAACAUGAAAUCAUUCAAGAAGUGUGUAUAAAUGACAAUAUCUUUGUUAAUUUUACAAAUGCCCCCAAAGUGCAGGCUAGAGUUUAAGUGUAAAUGAAGGCUGUGCCUUUAAAAGGUACUGGUGAAAUGCAGCUCAUGUAUCAACUGUGUGCCAAGUCCCUUGUUAAUGUCUACUUUGAGCAAAGACUAUAAUGCUUAGUAUGGUAUCAAGGCAAACUGGCACAUCUCAUGUAUAACAGGGACAUCUGGAUGGAGGAGAUGGGUAUUUAAGAGUAUGUUUUAUAAGAUUCAAGCUGUGAAAAACAUCUCUAAAAGAGUAUUUUAGUUCRAGGAAGUUCUGUUGCCUUUGCAGCCUAGCCUUAAAAAAACUCUYAAAUGGUUUAUAGUACUGUUUCUGAAGGUAAGAAUCACUGAGGAGAUAAAUAAUGCAGGAUGAAGUCCUCUACUGUUAGAGGAGCUGAAGAAGUCAAAACAGAAGAAAUCCUUGAGAUACUGUAGGGCCUAAUGGAAUGAAGAACUUAGAGCUGGUCUCAUGUAAAACCAUUAUACAACUAUAGAAUAGUUGAAAAGAAAUACUUCAAACUGAAAGGGCUUUUCCAGUGGCAGAGGGGAGCUUUCUGAGGUAGCUAAAAGUUGCUGGUGGAGUUUGAUAAAAGGGGGUCAGAGACAUGCCAAACAUCUGGUGACUUCAAGGGGUAGAUCUCAAGUCAUUCUGCAGGAAGACAUUGGUAUUUUCUAGCCCAAGAUUUAGGAUGCUGUGAGAGCUUGCCUUCAAAUCUUUGCCUAAAUUGUUAGGUAUUUUAUUGUUGGCUCUUAUCUCCUUAGCCAGAAGAGCUGACACUGCUCAGAAAAAGGUGUAUAAAACAAGGGAGGCUGRGUAGGAUUGUCAUUACCCAGACAACAAGAGAACUUCACAUUAAAGUCCUUUUUAUGGAGACUGCUAUACAGAAUAAAUUGCCUGCUACUGCAGGUAAUCAUAUGUGAUCUUUUUCAUAAAAUUAUUGCUCUCUUAAAAUGAGUUAGAUUUUUUUCCUCCCUCUCCACAUUGCUGCUAUUUGGUAGGGCUAGCCUAAGAGAUGAUGCAUUCUUCUGUCCUCGGUUACCAGUUUGUUACUGUGCCAACACUGACCUCUUUUGCUUACUUCUUUAUUUCCUUUCCAUUUUCCCCUCAUAUUUAGGAAGCAGUAAAAUCCCUCUCCUCUUUGAUGGCUAAGCCUUGUAAACUCUACAUUCUGUGCCUUUCAAAACUGUGGUGGCUGUUCUUCCCUUAACAGUUUGCAUCUCCCUUGAACGGGGUUAUCACCACAAGUGUGUCUGGAGAAUUGUCCAAGGACAUUACUAAAUAAUGAACUGUCRUAGUAUGUGAAUCACCUGAAUGAACUCCUGCCAGGAAACCACAAGCCUUCAUUGUGAAGUGGAGCUUAAAAGCUCCAUCCUCAUUCCAGUAUUUGAGAAAUAAAAAAUCCAUUUUCUACAUAUACACAUGAUAAUGGUGGUAAUUCAGUUACGGUAAGGAAAGCAGUGAUAAAUUUAUUUGUAAAACACAAUUAUGCAAGUUAAAUUAAAAUUGUAAUUUCACAAUCAUUUUGUUGAAUCUGACURUGUCAAAAGUGUUGAAAAAACAUUAAAAACAUUAAAACCUACCUUGUAUUAUUCAAAAUAGUAGAAGACUUUAUAAGACUCAUGAUGGUUUGGUAAAGGUAUAAUAAUCACUCUGUAUUUAGGUUUUGAGUGAAAUACGUGGGAUUUAUAUAUUCAAGCUCUUCCAAAGCUACCAUCUGUACAAAGUUUUUUCUUUUUUUAUAACUGGGAUUUUACUAUUUCACUUCAGACAAGUUAUUUUGCUACUAGUAGUCUGGUUUAGAAUUGUUUGAUCCAAAUUAAAAA